UAGGCUAUUUUUGUUAUACCCGAGUUUGAUGAUGCAAAAAGGAAUGAUCAUUUUAAGAAAAUAUGGUUUCACUAUGCGGCGGAGCGGUGGAAAGAUUUUAAAUCACGGUUGACUAGAACUUAUAUCACAGACCCCAAACCAGAUGACGUUUCUCCAUACGUCAAGUAUCCUUACAUCAAAAAAGAUAUAUGGGAAGAGUUUGUGAAGUAUCGACAGACCUCUGAUUUUAAGGAAAAAAGUCAAAAGGGUAGGGAGAAUCAUGCAAAGAAUGUUUACCCACAUGUAUUAUCCCGUGGAGGGUAUAAGAGGCUCGAGGAGCAGAUGAUCAAUGAAAAGAGAUUGUCCUUAUCGAAAGAUAGUUCUGGCUUAACUGAUGAUGAUCGUCAUCCAUCUCCACCGGAACGCUAUGAGACAUGGACGAGAGCACGACAAAAGAAAGGGGGAGAAUUCACAUCCGAGCCUGUAAAAAAAGUUGCUGAGAAAAUUGAGAAAAUUGUUGAAGACUCAAAAAAGGGUGACUUUGUUCCAACGAGACGUCACGAUGUCCUAACAGAAGCCAUUGGAACACCUGAGCAUGGUGGUAGUGUUCGUGGUGUUGGAAAAAAACAUAACAUUACCACUUACUGGGGAAGAUCAAAUGUUUCACGUCAAAGUCAAGGUAUAGAUGUCAAAGAGCAACUAGCAGCAUUUAAAGCAGAUUUGGAAGCUAAGUUUGAGGAAAAGUUGGCGCAAGAGCGUAAGAUGAUGCAAGAUUCUCUUAUGGAGACACUAAAGUCCAUGGGUUUAUCCCAAACCUCUGAUACAAAUAAUAGAGUCAUGGUACCUGAAGCGCAAACUGAACAACUUGUUGUCACCGGAAGCGCAAAAGGGAGUUGUUCUCCUGCACCGGUCAAGAUGCAAAAUGAACUCAAGGAGGUUGUUGUCACUGAAAGCGCAAAAGGAAGUCGUUCUCCUGCACCGGUAGCAGAGGCUCAAGAUAACAUGGACGAUGUUCAGAAAUUGUUAAUGAUGGUUCUGAAAAGGGGUGAUGAUCAUUUGGAUGUAGAAUUAAUUCAUUGUUCAAUGUGUACUAAUUUUCUCAUGUCUUGCAAGUGUAUAAGAGAGUUGUUGGUGGGUUUUAUUUGGCUCGACAUGAGUACUCUAAGUGUUUGGUGCUCGUACAUUCAUCGUUUAUGCAUUGAAAACAACACCACAAAUGUAUAUGGAAUUUUGGAACCAACUUUUCUGAACAUUGUUGGUGAUGCUGGGAAAAAAAGUGAUCAGAGAAUAUCUCAAAGUAAAUGCAAGAAAUACAUCCAGCAUAAGUUACAAAAUGAAAAGAAAGAGUGUCAAUUAUUACCAUUUAACCAUGGAGGACAUUGGCAGUUGAUAAUACUUUGUCCAAAGAUAAAUACCGUGGUUGUUAUUUGUUCACUACAUUGGAAACUUAAUCCAAUAAUGGAGAAAAUUGUUUCAAGUGUUUUUACGGUUGAUCAAAUGGCGAAUGGCAAUAGAAAGAACAAUACCGUAUGGCUUUAUCCACAAGCGAGGAAACAAUAUAAUUCAAAUGACUGUGGAUACUAUGUAAUGAAAAAUAUGUUGGACAUUGUCACUGCUAAGAUAACUGAUUCUUGGAUGGAGGUAUUUAAUGACCCAAAAGAGUUAACAGCUGAGGAGAUGUAUGAAUUGCGAUUACGUUGGUCAACAUAUUUUUUGGAGUUAUUGGAGGGUUAAGAUUUAUCUGGGUGAUGAAUUGGUUAUUAGCUUUAGUUUGAGUCUUGGAAGCAGAUCAGGUGAUGGAAUUGGUAUUUUGGCUCGGAUGUGCAUCUCACUAUUUUGGACUGUUUA